CAGCGGGGCCCGCGGAGCCGGGGAAGCGGCGGCCCGCGGCCCGCGCAGCGAUGGGCGCCGGCGGAGGGUCGCCCGGGCAGGCCGCCUGCCUGCGGCAGAUCCUGCUGCUCCAGCUGGACCUGAUCGAGCAGCAGCAGCAGCAGCUGCAGGCCAAGGAGCGGCAGAUCGAGGAGCUCCGGGCCGAGCGCGAUACGCUCCUGGCACGGAUCGAGCGCAUGGAAAGGCGGGUGCAGCUGGUGAAAAAGGACAGCGAGCGGGAGAAGCACCGCAUCUUCCAGGGCUUUGAGGUGGAUGAGAAGCCGGAGGCAGAGGCAUGUGAGAAGUUGCCUUUGGAGUGUCCCCAGGACCUGCUGGAGCCUCCCCCGACCCUGCAGCCCAAGCACUUCCCCUAUGGCAGGAACGGGAAGGGGCAUAAAAGGAAGCCAACGUUUGGGAGCGCGGAGAGGAAGACGCCCGUUAAAAAACUAGUGUCAGAGUUCUCCAAAGUGAAGAGUAAAACUCCAAAACACUCCCCGGGGAAGGAGGAAUCGGGCGGCUCCUUGGCUGAAACUGUUUGUAAACGAGAACUGCGGAGCCAAGAGACUCCGGAAAAACCCCGGUCGCUCCUGGAGACCCCACUCAGAGCAUCAGCCCCUCCCAAGGGCCCUGGCACCCACCCCAAGGAGAAGGGCUUUGUCAGCGAGGCCGACGACCUGCCCUAUCUGUCCACCACAGAAAUGUACUUGUGCCGCUGGCACCAGCCGCCCCCAUCGCCGCUGCGGGAGCCUUCUCCCAAAAAGGAGGAGACUGUAGCAAUUCCGUCUUGGAGGGACCAUGUCGUGGAGCCCCUGAGAGACCCCAACCCCUCCGACAUCCUGGAGAACCUGGAUGACAGCGUCUUUUCCAAACGGCACGCAAAGCUGGAGCUGGAUGAGAAACGAAGGAAAAGGUGGGACAUCCAGCGGAUCAGGGAACAGAGAAUCCUACAGCGGCUGCAGCUCCGAAUGUACAAAAGGAAAGGGAUUCAGGAGUCGGAACCUGAAGUUACCUCAUUUUUCCCUGAGCCAGAUGAUGUGGAAAGUUUGCUCAUCACCCCUUACCUGCCCGUUGUCGCCUUUGGCCGGCCCUUGCCCAAACUGACCCCACAGAACUUCGAGCUGCCGUGGCUGGAUGAGCGCAGCCGCUGCCGGCUGGAGGUGCAGAAGAAGCAGACGCCACACCGGACCUGUCGGAAAUAAGGGAGAUGCUGGGAGCUCCAAACACCUCCAGGAGGCUCCGUAUGUCCUCGGGGGCUCCGAACACCUCUGCGGCACCAGAAGCUCUGCCAUCACCGGGUCACCACCAGCUGCUGCCUGCUCCGUGCUGACGGAUGUUUUCAUUCUUCUGCGAUCCCAGUUUUGUUCGUUUGGGUUUGGAACGUUUCCCGGACUCAUCCCCCGCACUGGCACCAGCUUCCCAGCACCACUGGCCAGCAGCUUCACUCCCGGGGGCAGCGGGAGGAUCCCGGCCCAUCCUCGAGUCCCCCGUGUGCUGCCCCUGCACUCCACAGCCUGUGGCCUUGGGAUCUGGGGCUCUUGGGAUCGCCAGCACCAGAUCCCGUGUCCGGGGGUGCCGCAUCACCCGGGACUCACCCGCUGCUGCCUUCGUGUUGUGUUCAGUUAGCAGGAUAAACAGCGGAUUGUGUUGGAGCUGGCUGGGAACUGGGACGCGCCUGGGAUUCUCUUUUGGGAGGUUUUCCCCCCUCUUUGGUGGUUUUCCUCUCUGGAGCGGGGUUGGCAGAGGCAGAGGGGAAGAGUUAAAAAGCAAAAAUUUUUUUUUUUUUUUUUUUUUUUGUGAAAUAGAAACCCUGUGCGCACAAUUUGGGGGGGGUUAAUGGUUUUUUAAAAUGUAAUUUAAAUGUUUUGAGGCGGGCGAGGGGUUUGCUGUGAGGGGGGCCGAUUAUUGCCUGUCCGAGCCCCUGGGUGCUGCUGGACCCUCUUGGUGCUGGACGGGUGGGGAGGGGCUCUGUGUGUCCCCCUUUUUCCUGUUUUUUCUCUCUAUCUCCCUGUUUCCUCUUAUCUCACACCUUUUUCCUCACCUUCCCCCCCUUUUUCCACAUUUUUUCCUCCUUUUUCCCCCCCUACACUGAGCCCGUGCCCCCCCCAGUCUUAUCCCCCCAUUGCCCCCCUCUCUAUAAUUAACCCCGAGCUUAUUGAACGCCAGAAAACUCGUUUACAAAAAAAAAAAAAAAAAAAAAAAGCUUAGAAAAAAAAAUUUAAGAAAAACAAACUUUAAAAAAAAAAAAAACUUAAAAAACCCGGAAAUUGUUAAAAAGUCGAUAAAGUUCCAAAACCACCGCGUUCUAAACAAAUGUUACGGGAGGGGGCGGCGUCACUCGCGGACACGCCCGCUCGCUGGUUUUAUUUUAUUAUUUUUUAUUGCUUUUCGUUGUUUGGUUUGGUUUGGUUUUUUUUUUUGGGUUUUUUUUUUUACAAUAAACAAGGAAAAGGC